GGCUGCUCAGGACCGGGACGCAGACACCCCGGACCCAGCGCGGAGGCGGCCGCUCGAGACCCGCGCGCACGCUCCUGCCGGCGGUGAGACGCGGGGAGCCGCCCCGCGGCUGCCGACUGGGAGGAGGGCGCUGGGCGCCGGGUUAGCCCGGCCUUGCCAUGGCGGCCCCCCGCCCGCCUCCCGCGAUCUCUGUCUCGGUCUCGGCUCCAGCAUUUUACGCCCCUCAGAAGAAGUUCGGCCCGGUGGUGGCCCCAAAGCCCAAAGUGAAUCCUUUCCGGCCCGGGGACAGCGAGCCCGCCUUGGCAGCCGGGGCCCAGCGCGCACAAAUAGGCCGGGUGGGCGAGAUCCCCCUGUCGCCCCCGGAAGACUUUCCUUUACCUCCUCCUCCCCCCCUUGGGGAGGGUGACGACACGGAGGGUGCUCUGGGAGGCUCCUUCCCACCUCCCCCUCCCCCGAUCGAGGAGCCCUUUCCCCCUGCACCUCUGGAGGAGGAGAUUUUCCCUUCGCCGCCGCCGCCGCCUCCAUUGGAGGAGGAGGGAGGAACUGAGGCCCCCUUACCCCUCCCACCACAGCCCAGGGAGAAGGUGAGCAGUAUUGACUUGGAGAUUGACUCUCUGUCCUCACUGCUGGACGACAUGACCAGGAAUGAUCCCUUCAAAGCCCGGGUGUCAUCUGGAUAUGUACCCCCACCCGUUGCCACCUCAUUCAUUUCCAAGCCCAGUACUAAGCCUGCAACUGGGGGCACAGCACCCUUGCCUCCUUGGAAGGUCCCCUCUAGCUCCCAAUCCCAACCCCAGACUCAGGCUCCGCCUCAGAGCCAGACACAGUUCCAUGUCCAGCCUCAGGCCAAGCCUCAGGUCCAGUUCCAUGUUCAGCCCCAGCCCCAGCCUGUGUCUUUGGCUAAUACCCAGCUCCGAGGUGCUCCAGCAUCAUCUUCAGCUCCAGCCCCAGCCCCUAAGUUUUCUCCCGUGACUCCCAAGUUUACUCCUGUGGCCUCCAAGUUCAGCCCUGGAGCCCCAGGUGGACCUGGGUCACAGCCCAAUCAGAAGCUGGGGUCUCCUGAAGCAACCACUUCCACUGCCACAGGCUCUCCUCAAACCCCCAGUUUCACAUAUGCUCAGCAGAGAGAGAAGCCACAAGUACAGGAGAAGCAGCAGCCGGUGCCCCCGCCAGCUCAAAACCAGGUGCGCUCCCCUGGGGCCCCAGGACCUCUGACUCUGAAGGAGGUGGAGGAGCUGGAGCAGCUGACCCAGCAGCUCAUGCAGGACAUGGAGCAUCCUCAGAGGCAGAACGUGGCCGUCAACGAGUCCUGUGGCCGGUGCCGCCAGCCCCUGGCACGUGCCCAGCCUGCAGUCCGCGCUCUGGGGCAGCUGUUCCACAUCACAUGCUUUACCUGCCACCAGUGUGAGCAGCAGCUUCAAGGACAGCAGUUCUACAGCCUGGAGGGGGCCCCGUAUUGUGAGGGCUGCUAUACUGACACCCUGGAGAAGUGCAACACCUGUGGGCAGCCCAUCACCGAACGGAUGCUGAGGGCCACGGGCAAAGCCUACCACCCACAGUGCUUCACCUGUGUGGUCUGUGCUUGCCCCCUGGAGGGCACCUCCUUCAUUGUGGACCAGGCCAACCGGCCCCACUGCGUCCCUGACUACCACAAGCAGUAUGCCCCAAGGUGCUCAGUCUGUGCAGAGCCCAUCAUGCCCGAGCCUGGCCGCGAUGAGACCGUGCGAGUGGUGGCUCUGGACAAGAACUUCCACAUGAAGUGUUACAAGUGCGAGGACUGUGGGAAGCCCCUGUCGAUCGAGGCUGAUGACAAUGGCUGCUUCCCCUUGGAUGGACACGUGCUUUGUCGGAAGUGCCACACUGCUAGAGCCCAGACCUGAGUAAGGUCUGGCCUCCUCCUAGACUGCAACUCCUUUCCCCAUCAUUGGACCACCCGCACUGAGACCAGUCUUCCCCCUCCACCUGCCCUGCCUCACCUCACCUCAGUUAUUUUUUUGAGGCCUAGUCCCUCCCUCCAUUUCAGGCCCCACCUCACACCCCAAGUGCCCUGAUCCAGGGCCCCAGCAUAUCCUAGGGAGGCAGAGUCCAAGCCCUGGAUCCAGUCCUCCUCCCCACUCCUGCAGGAAUCACCCACAAUCCUCCAAGGACCCCACCUGAAGGAGCACCAGGUCUAGCACUGCUGCUUUCACUGCUGCCCUGAUGCCCCCCGAGCAGCCUCUGUACUCUGCUUGCUGAGGGCGAGGAGAUGCCCUAGUCCUCUGGGAGGCUGGGCUGGGCUGCUGGCCUGGACAGUCCCACCCUCUCCCAUGCUGCCAGGUUGUGGCUGUAGCUACAAAUAAAGUUGUUUUUUUUCCAGAA